CCAUGCGACCAGUAAUCGUUAGCUUUGCAAGAGAAGAGGAGGUGUCGUAGUACGUGACAAGUGAUCGUGCGACAAACGUCAAGCAGCAUUUUUAUUAGUGUUUGGUUCCGAAAUUGUUGUAAAUUGUGUUCAAACAUGGAAAAUCCGGAGGAAAUCUUGCACAGUCUUGAGGAAUUUGCCAAAAUGAAGCCCAAAGACAUACCCAGAGAGUUGGAGGAGUACCUAAAGUUCGUUGCCAAGACUGGGGACCCAGUAUAUCAAUGGCCAGCGAUUAGAAGCCUAUUUCGUGAGAAACUAAUCAGUGUGAUAACCGAGUUUUACGAGUCCUGCACUUCGAUGGAAAUUCCGCCUUGUCCCAACGUCGAAAUGUUCAACUAUGAUCUCAUGAAGACCUUCAUUUUGGAAAAACUGGACACAUUUGCCUCGGCCCCUUUUACACUACAAAGAAUAUGUGAAUUGUUGACAAGCCCCCGCAAGGAAUACACCAGAAUCGAUAAAUACAUGCGGGCAUUGGAAAAAAACAUACUGGUAGUAAGUACAAUGGAGCCAUGCGGGCGAAGAACUGAGAAUGGGGAAAGCAUAAUGAAUGGGGUGGAGUCGGACCAUGAGAUGGUUCCUGAGCCUGCCAACGAGAUCAACGUAGAGGAAAUGGACGAUUUCAAUGCCCCUUCAUAUGUACAGUCCAGCAACCAUGUAGCUGAACACAUUUCCUUUGAUAACACCACCAAUGGAACACACAUCGAGAUUGAGAGCACAGUGGACACAUUUUCCAGCGAAAAGGUGACCUCUGAGGCCUCCACAUCCAGCCAGGAAAUAGUUUGCGUUCAGUAUGUAUCCAUUGAGCCGGUAGAUGAAACCGCCCAGAACCUCUCCGAUGAUUCCAAGGAAUCGAGUGUUUCCCUCACCAUCACUGCCAUUAAUGUGAAAGAACAAAACGAACCUCCUCACGAGCAAGAACGAGACUCAAUUCAAACAGAGGGCUCCUCACAGAGCACUGAUAUCAUAAUGGAAAACAUCACUGCCAAUAUUAAUGAGGUGGAAGAAAAGGUUUUAUCCGAAGACGAACCACUACAGCCUGCCACAACUUCCGAAGGCCCCAGUCAUUCUGAAACCAUAUCAUCGACGGAGGUUGCAGAAAAACCGCCUGAAGACUCCAAGCAGGCAGAAGUUUCCUCAAUAAAUGAAGCUCAACCUGACAAAGCUGCCAUUGCUGAGGAUGACAGUAUUUCCUCAACAGACGACUCGGCUUACAAAUCCAUUGCACUCGAAGAAGUGCAAGAUAAUCUAAAUGCGAGUGUGAAAGUUGAAUUGCUGGAAAGUCCGCCCAGCGAACCUCCAGACAAUGUGACUAACGUUGUAGAUUCCACUACAGAAACAGCCGAUGAUAACGUUGAGCAAGUAGAAAAAUUGGAUUUGGCAGAUUAUAGCCAAGAAAGCUCCUCCUUAGACCUGGAUAAGCCUUGUGCGGAUCAGUCGCCUCAAGUCGAGUCAACGGAAGAUGAUAAGAAGUGCGAAGAGGAAAAAUCCAUUGGGAGUAUGCCAGUGGAACAACAGAAAGAGGAGGAAACUAAUGAGGUUUCAGUUGAACCCCUAGCGGCCAAAGGCUUGGACGAAUCGUCAAAAGUUGAAGAAGUUUCUUCGUUUUCAAUGGGCGACGAAGAAACUCGCAUGGAAGUGGACGACAGCACAUCAGAUGUGCCGGUAGAACAGGACAAAGAAGCCGAACCGAUGGAAGUGACUCAGAAUUCAUAGGGAUUUUACGACAACUUUUCCAAUCUGUUUUAUAAAACAUUGCUGAAUAAAUGACGUGUAAAUGUAAGCGGUGGCUCCUGUAUCAUUGACGCGUUGAAUUGUAUGUAAAUAGACUUAAGAAUGGAAUAUUGUUUAGCACUACUAUAGUUUUAGACUGCAUUUCCUUAUUUUAUACAUUGUAGUAGUGUGCGACUAUCUGUAAUAGCAUUUUGAUAAUCUAGACGUUCUUUUAGAGUUAGUUUUUAUUAAAAAAAACUUCAAAAUGUA